AUGACAUCUUUAACUGAUUACUUGCGACAGAUCGACAUUUAUUGGAGUAACAGGAAUGGAAAACUGCUCGCUGACUGGAUGUCUCUUAGACAUUAUCAUGCAAAGAAUAAAAAUCUCGCUUCCGAGAAUCCUGAGAUGACAGUUAAUAAUUAUGUAUAUGAUCCAUUCAAUGAACUUGUUUCCUCCCACCUCAAGUGCAUCUACUGGUUGACAAAAGGGGAUGUUGAGAGAGCGCACAACGAGCAAAAUUUGCUCUUCCAAGGUUUUAUCAGGCUGUUGCAGUACUACAAGGAAGAAAACUGGCUACUGCCUUUGAUGCACACAUUAUGUCUGGAUCUUCGGCUUCUUGCAAACAAGGUAGACCAGCAGGGUAUCGGAUCAGGAGAGGAAGGUGAUGUUAUACCAAGGGGCAACAACAGCUCUGUUGUCAAACCAAGAGAGGCGUUGGAAAAAGCUGCAGAAGCAAUGAUGACCUGCUUCAGGAUUUGUUCCUCCGAUAACCGGUCAUCCGAACAAGACACCAAAAAAUGGGGAAUGCUAUCUCUGGUGAAUCAGCUCUUUAAACUGUAUUUCCGAAUUAAUAAAUUGCAUUUGAUGAAGCCACUUAUAAGGGCAAUCGAUUCAUCACCUUUCAAAGAUAAAUAUCCUCUGAGCCAGCAGAUAACAUAUAGAUAUUAUGUUGGAAGAAAAGCGAUGUUUGAUAGUGAUUAUAAAUUAGCUAAUGAAAGUCUGACGUUUGCUUUUCAAAAGUGCCACAAACAAUCAAAAAGGAAUAAACAUUUGAUACUCAUUUAUUUAAUCCCACUUAAAAUACUUUUGGGUUUCUUACCGAAAAAGGAACUCUUGGAAAAAUAUGACUUGCUCCAGCUUUGGGAGGUGGGCGAGGCCGUUAGGUCUGGUAAUGCUAGAAAGCUCAGCAAGGCCAUAGAAACCCAUCAGAACUUUUUCAUUAAAAGUGGAAUUUAUUUGAUACUCGAGCGUUUGAGACUUGUUACGUACCGAAACUUAUUUAAAAAAGUGUAUCUGAUUGCAAACAAUCCAGUUUUAACUUUAGAAGAUCUACUGAUUGCUCUGCGAUUUUCUGAAGGAGGUGACAUUGAGCUUGAGGAGGCGAAUUGCAUCCUUGCUAAUUUAAUACACCAGGGUAAAAUUAAAGGAUACAUAUCCCACACCCACCAGAAAGUCGUUCUAAGCAAAAUGGACGCUUUUCCCAGGCUCAGUACUCUAGGACAAUAA